AUGAGGCAACGACAAAUAUGCAUAGGUAGAUUGUAUUAUGCACAUCCUAUUUCUGGUGAACGAUAUUAUUUACGUAUGUUGCUUACCAAGGUUCGAGGUGCAAAAUGUUAUGAAGAUAUUAGAACCGUUAAUGGCAUUGUGCACCCAACAUUUAAAUCUGCAUCCCUUGCACUUGGCUUACUUGACGAUGAUAAUGAAUGGGACGCAGCUUUGACAGAAGCCUCAACAUGGGCAUCAGGUGCUCAACUGCGAAAUAUGUUUUGCUCAAUGCUAAUGUUUUCUGAGGUUACAAAUGCAUAUGAAUUGUGGGAGAAUCAUUGGUUUGACCUUACUGAUGAUUUACAAAAUAGGGUACAAAGGCAAAUUGGGGAUGGCAACAUAAGUCUCGAAGAAUGUGAAUUGAAAAAUUUAGGAUUGCUUGAAAUUGAACACGUACUAAAUCAGAAUGGAAGGUCUCUUAAAGAGUUUCCUCCGAUGCCACUACCAUCAUAUCGAUCAGGUCAAAUGGUUACUAAUAGGCUCAUAAGAGAGGAAUUGAACUACGAUAGCAUUUCAGAAAUGCAAUCUUUUGAAUCUUUAUAUGUGGGAUUGAAUGAUGACCAAUUGAAAGUGUUUAACACCAUAAUGGAAGCUUAUUCCACUCAUCAUGGGGGCUUAUUUUUUGUGUAUGGUAGUGGAGGAACUGGAAAGGCAUAUUUAUGGAGCACUUUAAUUGCAAAAUUUCGAUCCGAUAAGAAGAUCAUUCUUUCUAUUGGAUCAUUAGGUAUUGCAGCUUUGCUCUUACCCGGGGGACGAAUUGCCCAUUCCCGUUUCAAUAUUUCGCUUGACCCUGAUAACUCAUCAUGUUGUUCAAUAAAUCAAGGGACAGAUUUGGCAAGAUUAAUUCAAGAGGCGUCGUUAAUUAUAUGGGAUGAAGCACCAAUGGUUAGUCGUCAUGCUUUUGAAGCUGUUGAUCGUACAUUUAGGGACAUAUUGAAAAAUACAGAACAUUGUUCAGGGGAUAGGGUUUUUGGUGGAAAACUAUUUGUGCUUGGUGGUGACUUUAGACAAAUAUUGCCUGUCGUACCUAGAGGUGGGCGUGAACAAACAGUGGAAGCUUCAUUACCUAAGUCAACAAUUUGUGAGCAUUGUCAAGUUUUGCAUCUUACCAGAAAUAUGCGUGUUACAGCACAAGAUAUUUCUAAUCAUACGCGUCAUGAAUUACGUGACUUUGCAGAGUGGAUUAAAUUGGUUGGUGAAGGGAAAAUAAUGGGAAGCUCAUUUAGUGAAGGCUAUGAAUCUAAUUGGAUACAGAUACCAGAAAAAUUUGUUAUAAAAAAUAGAGAAAGAGAUUUGCACCAGUUAAUCGAUGCCACCUAUCCUGAUUUCAUAAAUAACUAUCAGGAUAUGUCGUACUUAAAAGAAUAA